AUGGCUGAGGUUGCAGGCCUACUUCUCUCCCCCUUCCUCCAAGUACUCUUUGAAAAAGUUGCAUCCCCUGAGUUCGUUGACUUCUUUCGAAGUCGAAAACUUGACAGAAGACUCUUGAAGAGGCUGGAGAUAGCGUUGCUGAUUGUGAAUGCGGUGCUCGAAGAUGCAGAGGAAAUGCAAUUUACAAAGCCUAUGGUGAAAAAGUGGCUUGAUGAGCUCAAAGACGCCGUCUAUGAUGCUGAGGAUAUCCUGGACGAGAUUCAUACUGAAGUCUUGCGAUGCAAGUUGGAUGCUGAAUUUCAUACUGUCGCAACUAAGGUACGAAAAACCAUCUCUACUUCUCUUAGUCCUUUUGUCAAGGAGAUAGAACCAAAGAUAAAAGACAUACUCGAGACAUUGGAUCAUCUAGUAAAACAGAAGGAUGUUAUAGGUUUGAAAGAAGGCGUUGGAGGGAAAUCAUCCGGAAGAUCGUCCACUACUUCUUUGGUUAAAGAAUCUGAUAUUUUUGGUAGGGACGAUGAUAAGAAGUCAAUAAUUAAUUUGUUGCUGUCAGAUAACAUAAGUGGCAAUGACUUGUGUGUGAUUGCUGUUGUUGGCAUGGGGGGACUUGGGAAGACAACCCUUGCUCAACUUGUAUACAACGACGAUCGGAUGGAGGGGCAUUUUGAUCUUAAAGUGUGGGUUUGUGUUUCUGAUGAUUUUGAUGUAUUGAAGAUGACGAAAAUAUUUUUAGAGAAACUUGGAUUGUCAACUAACGGCGAUAGUAAGAGUCUAGAUUGGCUUCAAGUUACACUACAGCAGAAUCUGAGAGGAAAGAAAUUUCUUCUUGUUUUAGAUGAUGUUUGGAAUAAGAAUUAUUCAAAAUGGGAGGCCUUUAGCAACCCCUUCAGAUUCGGGGCAGAAGGGAGUAGGGUGAUUGUAACCACAAGGGAUAAACGUGUUGCAUCAAUCAUGCGCUCUACUGAAAUUCAUGAUCUAAAGAAAUUACAAGAAGAAGAUUGCUGGAAACUAUUUUCGAAACAUGCGUUUCAUUCUGGUAAUUCUAAUGCUCAUCAGGAGCUGGAAGUAAUUGGUAGACAGAUAGUGAAAAGGUGUGAAGGCCUACCCUUGGCAGUCAAGACAAUUGGAGCUCUCUUGUGGUCUGAACUGGAUGUUAGAGAGUGGAAUAAGAUACAAGGGAGUGAAAUAUGGGACUUGCCAAGUGAUGUUAUUCCUGCUCUAAGAUUAAGUUACAAAUAUUUGCCCUUAGAUCUAAAGCAUUGCUUUGCUUACUGUUCAAUAUUUCCUAAAGACCAUUAUUUCGAAAAAGAAGAUUUAAUCUUAUUGUGGAUGGCAGAAGGUUUGUUGCCACAAGUGACAGGCAAAACAAUGGAACAAAUUGGUCAUGAUUACUUCGUUGAUCUUGUAUCAAGAUCAUUGUUCCAACAAUCGAGUGAAAGUACUCUGGAAUUCGGAAUGCAUGAUCUUAUCAACGACUUAGCAAGAUUUGUGUCUGGACAAUUUACCUUUAGGUUGGAGGGUGAAAAUUCUCUCGACAUUGUCAACAAGACACGUCAUUUUUCAUUUUUCCUAAACCAAUAUGAUACUACCGAAAAGGUUCUGCCUGCGCUCUACGAGGCCAAGAGAUUACGUACUUUCCUAAGACUACGUCAUAACUAUAAUACAAUGCCAGUUAAGGAACUUGUGCAUGAUUUGUUGCCAACGCUAAGAUGCUCACGAGUUUUCAGUCUAUGUUAUUAUCAAAAUUUGAUUGAGCUGCCAAAUUCAAUUGGCAAAAUCAAAUGUCUACGAUAUUUGGAUUUUUCUAGAACUGCAAUUAGAAAGAUACCUGAUUCCAUAUGCAACUUGUGCAAUUUGCAGACGUUGAAAUUACGGCAUUGUGAGAAUCUUACUGAAUUGCCAAGAGAUACUCAUAAACUCAUCAAUUUGCGCCAUCUUGAUUUUAGUGAUACUCCCAUAAAGGAGAUGCCAAUACAAUUGGGAAGACUACACUGUCUUCAGACAUUGACUGAAUUUAUUGUUGGUAAACAAAGUAGAGCGGGCAUAGAAGAGUUGGGGAAUCUUGCAAAUCUUGGGGGAAAGCUCUGUAUUUCGAAUCUCCAAAAUGUCGUAUCUCCUAUACAUGCUUUGGCUGCCAGCUUGAAUGAUAAAAAGUAUCUGGACGAGUUGAAUUUGGAAUGGAAUGACGAAAAUAAUAUUUCAGAAAGUCAAAAGACUGUAUUGGACAAUCUUAAACCCCAUGCAAACUUGAAAAGUCUCUCUAUCAUCGGCUAUGGUGGUAAAAAAAUUUCAGACUGGAUUGGGCAUAAUUCAUUUUCUAAUAUAGCCUCUCUCUAUCUAUUUAAGUGCAAGUAUUGCUCUAUCUUACCACCACUUGGACAGCUACCUUCUCUGCAGUCCCUUUCUAUUGUUCAGUUUGAUGGAAUCGAUGAAGUUGACAGAGAAUUUUAUGGCAAUUGUUCGUCUUCAACAAAACCAUUUGGAGCCUUGAAAGUUUUGAAGUUUAGAGACAUGCCGAAGCUGGAGAAAUGGUUUGCUUUUGGUGCUGAAAAUGAAGGUGGAGCUUUUACUCAUCUUGAAGAGCUUGAGAUUGUUAACUGCCCUAAGUUAAGAAGAGAGUUGCCCAUCCAUCCUCCUUCUAUAUCUAGACUUGUGAUAGAAGAAUGUCCGUUGUUGGUAACUUCACUUCUAAGAGAAGAAUUUCCAACAGGAUUGCAGAAACUUGCAAUUGGAGGAUUUGAUGCGUUAGAGUCCAUACCAGAUAGAUUGAUGGACUUCAACAGUAGUUGUCUUGAGGAGUUAAAAAUUAGUGGUUGCCACUCGCUUAUAUCUCUGUCCAGUGCUGGUCUACCUUCUACAUUAAAAGAAUCUGGAGUCUGUUGA